AUGGGUGCCGGGGCCUCGUGUCCGGAACGGUGCCCUCGUGCUGCCGGAGGGGACACCGGGCAGUCCUGGAUCCACCGGCAGCUCCCGCGGGAGCCGGGGAUGAGGCUCCCCGGGACAGGCACCGACCCUCGGUUCAUUUUCUCUCAUUACCGCCGUGACCCCUGCGCCCUCCACAUCGUCACCGGGCCUGAAGCAUCCCAAGAGCCGAUUCAUGGGGAUAAUGGGAGGGAUCGGGACCGGGAGAUGCCGAAUCAUCCCCGGAGGGGGGUCCGAUCCGCCGGUCCCGAUCCCACCGCAUGUUCCUGUGCCGAGCUGAUCAGCAAACAGGCACAGGAGAAGUUUGAGCUGAGCGAGAGCUGCGGGCAGCGCGGCGGGCUGCGGGGCGCGGCGGGCGAGCAGCUCAGCUUCGCGGCGGGGCUGGUCUAUUCGCUCAGCCUCCUGCAGGCCACGCUCCACAAAUACGAGCAGGCCCUGAACAAGUGCAGUGUGGAGGUCUACAAGAAGGUGGGGAUGUUGUAUCCCGAGAUGAGCGUCCACGAGCGCUCCCUGGACUUCCUGAUCGAGCUGCUGCACAAGGACCAGCUGGACGAGACAGUCAACGUGGAGCCACUGACCAAGGCCAUCAAAUACUACCAGCACCUCUACAGCAUCCACCUGGCUGACCAGGCUGAGGACUGCACCCUGCAGCUGGCUGACCACAUCAAGUUCACCCAGAGUGCCUUGGACUGCAUGGGGGUGGAGGUCUGCCGGCUCCGCGCCUUCCUCCAGGCUGGGCAGGAGGCGUCCGACCUGGCCAUCCUGCUCAAGGACCUGGAGACCUCCUGCAGCGACAUCCGCCAGUUCUGCAAGAAGAUCCGGCGCCGCAUGCCCGGCACGGACGCCCCGGGGAUCCCGGCGGCGCUGGGCUUCGGGCAGCAGGUGUCAGACACACUCCUGGACUGCCGCAAGCACCUGACCUGGGUGGUGGCCGUGCUGCAGGAGGUGGCGGCUGCGGGGGCACAGAUGAUUGCUCCCCUGGCCGAGAACGAGGGGCUGCAGGCAGUGAAGCUGGAGGAUCUGGCCUUCAAGGCCAGCGAGCAGAUCUACGGCACCCAGGGCAUCAACCCCUACGAGUGCCUGCGCCAGUCCUGCAGCAUCCUGAUUGCCACCAUGAACAAGAUGGCCACGGCCAUGCAGGAGGGCGAGUACGACGCCGACCGGCCGCAGAACAAGCCCAUGCCGCCGGCCGAGCUGCGCGCGGCGGCUCUUCGGGCAGAGAUCACUGAUGCUGAGGGGCUGGGGCUGAAGCUGGAGGACAGGGAGACAGUCAUCAAAGAGCUGAAGAAGUCCCUCAAGAUCAAGGGUGAGGAGCUGAGCGAAGCCAACGUGCGGCUCAGCCUCCUGGAGAAGAAGCUGGACAGCGCGUCCAAGGACGCUGACGACCGUGUGGAGAAGAUCCAGACCAAGCUGGAUGAGACCCAGACACUGCUCAAGAAGAAAGAGAAGGAGUUCGAGGAGACCAUGGAUGCUCUCCAGGCAGACAUCGACCAGCUGGAGUCGGAGAAGGUGGAGCUGAAGCAGCGCCUGAACAGCCAGUCCAAGCGCACCAUCGAGGGGCUGCGCGGCUCCCCGGCCUCGGGGGUGGCCUCCAUCGUGUCCGGCAUCGCCGGAGAGGAACAGCAGCGAGGUGCUGGUGCUGGGCAGGUGGCAGGAGGUGGCUCAGGGCCCGUCCAGGUGAAGGACUCCCCUCUGCUCCUCCAGCAAAUCGAUGCCCUGCAGCUUUCCAUCAAACACCUCAAGAACGAGAACAACCGGCUCAAGGGCGAGCAGAUGAAGCUGGAGCUGGCCAGCCUGACGCCCCUGCAGGUGCCCAAGGUGUCCCCCACCCGGGGCAGGCAGGGGGAAGGGCUGGCCACGCAGGCUCUGUUCCGCAGGAGCAGCCAGCUCCUGGAGACCCUCUACCAGCUGAGCGCCAACGCCAAGGUGCUGGACAUGAAGCGCACCAAGUCCGCGAGGAGCUCCUCGGCGCGGCUGCUGGAGCAAACAGCCCGGCUCUGCGCCCUCAAAAACACCAUCGACGCUCUGCGGGAUGACACGAUGCGGGCGAUGGUUCAGCAGCAGCCGGGGGCUGGUGUCCCCACCGACUUCGGCACCUUCCCCUCCUCCUCCUUCCUGAAGGCCAAGCGGGAGCAGGAGGAGGGGAUGUCGUGCUACGGGCGGGUGAGCUUCCCGUGCGCCCCGGGGCACAGCCAGGCCCACCGGCUGCUCCUCACCCCCGAGCUGCUGCACCAGCUCCGCGGACACUUCGUCUGCUGAGCCGGGGUCCCCGCACGGGCGGGGGGCACCGCACAGACCCCCCCCCCCCUACCUCCCACCCAGCCCCCCCCGCUGCUGCCAGCGCUGCCAGACACUACGGCCGCCCCCCCGGGACCCCCGGGCGGCACCGCAGCCCCCGCACCCCACACUCCAGCCCGGUGCCCGCGGGGCUGCUACGGGCCGGGGGCUGUCCCGGGGCUGAGCCCCCCCCGUCCCUCCGCGCCCCCCCGGCCUCGGCACUUGCGCUCUCAAUAAAGUUGCCCUGAACCUG